AAACAUGUGAGGAAAGCGUGUGUUAUUGGAGGAAAGCAUAUGAAAUGCCAUUGUGACACAACUGAAAGAACACAGAUAAAUUAGGAAUUAAUAGUCCUAUAAGGCAUCCAAGAAUUCAGUAACGCUAAACAUUAUUUAUGAAAUUUGGUUCUUGUAAAUAACCAAAGUAUUACAGACCCAGAACGGUUGAAUUAUGUUUAAGCUUCUCACCUGGUCUCCAUGUGUUACUGAAGGUCUUAAUGUUUUAGUAGCUGUUUUCUUAGGGCUGUUAAGAGCUAUCAAUAUUUGCAGUGUCAUGCUGUAUGACUCCAGAAAAGGACUGUUAUAUGUUUCGGUGCUGAAUUGGGCUCUCAAGCUAUCAUCCACUCCUUGCUUUACAGGCAUGUUACAAUAGAGCUUGUUCUCAUCACUCCUUUACUAGUAAUAUCAACUGGCAUAUUUCUGUUCAUCCUUGUGUCUAGUCUGGGUAACUGCUGCUCUGUAUGUUGAGGUAGCUGAUACUGAUGUCAGCAAAUAUGAAAUGAUCUGCAUUUUUCAGUCAAAAGUGUGUGUUUUGAAAAUAUCAGACUGUAUAGUAUUGCAGUAUAUGCUGCAUGUCUUGGAAAUGAAGUAAGGAUAGCGUGGUUGGAUCUAAAGUACAGCAUCUCUGGCUUUUUUGUGAGCUUUAAUUGAAGCCCAUCCUGACGGCUGACACCACUUCUGAUACUGUGAUGGAAACUGUCCUACAUAUUUCAGCAAAUAUUUCCCUCUGAAUUGAGGGAAGAGUCCCCAAGCCUUCUUUUCUUUCUCUGGGAGAACACUGUGCUGUCCAGGGGGAGCUCAGAGCAGAAUGGUAAAGGCUUGGUAGCCUUUCACACUAAAUCCCACUCAAAAAAACUGCGAUAUCGUAGAAAGCUGUAAUGACUUGAUAUAUCUUAGGAAUGUGUCUGCACCAUUUGAUUUGGCACGUAAGAAUUAUUUUGCAGAAUGUGGCAAGAAUGUCUACCGUGAUAGUACAUCACGUUCACCACCACUGCCUGAGAAAUGCUUGUACUGGUAGUGAGCACAUAUCUGUGAUUCCUAUGUAAGAGAAUUAACAGGAAAUACGUGCAACGGAGGAAAGAAAAAAAAAGGCAAAUAAAACAAGCCACAAUUAUUUAACACCACAACGCAGUAAAAUUAUUGAACUGAGGAAAGCUGCAGGAAAGAGAAAUUGACAAACUGCUGCUGUGACUGUGGAAGGCCUCAGAAAAUGUUUCUACAGAGUACUUGUCUUGGGCUGGACUUUGCAUAGUGUAUUAGCGUGGAGUGGGAAGGCCUUGAGAAGGCUUCUUGCCAGUAACUGAAAAGAAGAGAAAGUAAGAGUGAGGACAUGUGGCUCAGCGAGUUUUAAUGUGUAGAAAAAUGCUUGGAUGUGCAAAUUGUUACUGCUUAGCACUUGGUCUUACGCAUCUGCUGUAGUGAAAGCAAGCUAAUUUGUAUUUUGUUUUACGUCCCGUAAGAGGGGAAGGAAGGAGUUGUAAUGAGAUUAAGGUCUGUUUUGGGAAAGAAACUUGAAAGCAGGGAAGAAACACUCUGCUUUAAGUUGAGAGUGAUGUGUUUAGGUCUGCUGUAGAAGAUGAAGUCUCUUUUCUGUGUGCCUCAGGAACUAGUGCAUUUAGGUGAAAACUAAGCAGAGCUCCUGCAUGGUGCUUCAAAAUGAAAGGGCCAAAUGGACUUUCCUGCAGUGGUGAUGGCGUUGGUGAGUUUUUCAUGCGAACUCUCGGUUUAACUGAACAGAAAGUUCAACAAUUCACUGUUUUUUGUCAGUAGCUGAAUUUUCUGUCUUCUGUGCUGUGGUGAUCCAUGGUAGCAAGGAGGUUAUUUGUUCUUGGUUCUGCUCAAACUGAACUUAAAAAGGUGAUCCAGUAAGCAAACAUGAGAGUAUUUCCACAUCAAGGAAGUACAUACCCACAGCAGUAGCCAUCGUUCUGGUCAUUAGCUACAGCAACCCUAAUCGGUGUGAAAAAUCUGUGGCUCUGAAGUGUACUGCACACGUACAGGGGGCCGCUUUUGUUUGUAUUUCCCAGUUGUUGCACAGCUGUUAGGACAUGGAGCAGGGAGCAGUAAGGAAGGAAAUGGCAAGUGUUCUGCUACCAAUAGCUUCCUAUUGGAGGAAAGGUGUGGCAUGACGUGUGCUGUCACUGAUUUCUUUCUUUGUUGUAAAGUGUUUGAAAUGGUUUAUGGAAGACGUAGGAACUUUCUCACGCGAAUCCACAGAUGGCUGGAGAUGUAUCCUUUGUAUCUCAAGUGAAGUUGGUGGGAAAUUUCCCACGUGCUAGGAAUGUGGGUCUCUUUAUGGUUGCAUUCAAAGAUUCCUUGCGUUAACGCUGCAAAGGGGAACUUUCCAAGUUGCUUCAUUGGGGCGUUCAAGGAUUCCCGCAGUUCCAAAUCAAAGAGGAGAAGACUACUUGUGCAUUCCUAAUGCUAGUUUGUGCAAUGGCGUUGAGAGGAAUAUUGCUGCUUUGGAUUUCUUUUUAGCUGUUUUGUUCUGUGCCUGUCCAGAUGAAAGCGCUGCAGUGUGUACAAGCCCUGUGCUGCGUUCAGGUGCUGUUGCAGUGUUCUUAGGCACCGUUUUGAAGGCUGUGUUUUGUGCAGCCUGUAUAGACACGGUGCCUUCUUGGUGUGAAGGUAUUGUGGCACAUGUUUUGCUUUUCUUUGGCGCCGCUGCUCCCUAAGCUACUGCUUCUCCCAGAGGACAGCUGUGCAGCAAAACCUUAGCAUGUAAACUCAAUCCAUGUGUCAGGCACCAGUUGAGACAGAGGAUGGAGAGAAGCACGUGGGCUCUGAUGAUGAGGUUCCCAUUGGAGUGCGGAGAGAGCUGGCUGAGAGCCACGCUGGAGAAUGGCUGCUGGUUCAGGAGAGAGCAGUGCACAGCUAUGUCUACCUGCUCCUGAGGAGCACUUGCAGCACUGUUAGCCAUUGGCUCCUCCUAGAGAAGCUGCUGGAGUUUGGAGUGGAGGAGCAGGCGGCGGGAUGCUCUGAGAAGUGCCUGAACGGUCACAGCCAGCAGGUGAUGAUGUCAGGAGAUCACGCCAUCCGUUGCCAUGGGUUCUUGGAACACAACACACGCAGUAAAGCUUCAGGCCUGCUGGCCGUUGGGAGUUGUGCUGGUAAGCCUUGAAGGAUGCCUGUGCUUGAGCUCCCCAGCAAGAGAAAAGCAAGAAAGUCCUGCCUCAACUGGAGCCUCCUGCAAAAUGUCAGAGGCUGGAUGAAACCGCGAGGCUAAGGCAAAAGAGAAAAUUAAGCCCAGAUGAUGACAUCCUUCUUCCGCACCCUCCAAUGAAAUGUCUGAGGCUGCAGGAAGCUGUGAGGCUGAGGAGCAAAAGUAAGCCCAGACGACGACAGCCUUCUUUCACAACCUGCAAGGAAACGUCUGAGGCUGGAUGAGAAUGUGCUGCUGAUGCAAAAGAGAAAAGUGUGCCGGGAAGACGACAACCUUCUUUUACAACCUCCUGCAACAUGUCCAAGGCUGUAUAUAAGAGCAAGGCGAAUGAGAAUGAAGAGGAGAAAAUGAAAGCCAGGAAGGGAGGACCCUCUUUUGCAGUCUGCGGAGGCAGACUGAAUUCCAGGGGCGAAAUGAGAGGAAUUGCUGUGGCUGGUGGGACUCUUCCAGCCAAGAGAAACUGCCACUGACUCACCUGCACAACUGAGCAGCUGGAAGGGAAAUCUUGGAGCAGUUCAUCGUUGGUGCAGUUCUGCUGCAGAGCAAUGCAAUGGUUGGAGGGUUUAUGUCUAGAUAUUUCUAGGGAGUUACUGAUUAGGGGAAGUUUGCUUAUGUAGACAUAGUGAGAGAUUUAUGGUGAGGUUAAAUAAGAACGGAGGUCCCAGGAAUCCAGAGAAGAUAGAUCGAAUGUGUGCACUCUUCACAGAUCUCAGCAGCAAGGACAUGAAGAGAGAUUUGUACAUAGUUGCCCAUGUAAUUCGAAUAGGUCGCAUGUUGCUAAAUGACUCAAAAAAGGGACCUCCACAUUUACACUAUCGCCGCCCCUAUGGCUGUGCAGUGUUGAGCAUCAUGGAUGUACUUCAGUCAAUUUCUGAAAUAAAAGAAGAAAAGGAUUUUGUUCUCAAAGUUUACACGUGUAACAAUGAAAAUGAAUGGUGUCAGAUCCAUGAAAACAUCAUUCGCAAGUCCAGCACCAAAUACACAGCACCCAGCUCCAACUAUGGACUUAUAAUAUCUCUUCAGCUUCUUCGUGGUGACAUGGAGCAGGUUCGGAGGGAAAACCCCAUGAUCUUUAAUAGAGGUGUUUCUGUUACCAGAAAGCUGGGUUUCCCCGAUGUCAUAAUGCCAGGUGAUAUACGCAAUGAUUUAUACCUGACAUUAGAAAAGGGAGACUUUGAAAGAGGUGGGAAAAGCGUGCAGAAGAACAUUGAAGUGACCAUGUAUGUUCUGUAUGCAGAUGGAGAAAUCUUGAAGGACUGCAUCAGCCUGGGCUCAGGAGAGCCAAGCAGGAGCGCCUACCACUCUUUUGUCCUUUACCACAAUAACAGCCCUCGAUGGGGGGAAAUCAUCAAGCUGCCCAUCCCCAUUGACAGGUUUCGUGGGUCUCACCUCCGCUUUGAGUUCAGACAUUGCUCCACAAAAGACAAGGGAGAAAAGAAGCUCUUUGGGUUUGCAUUCACUCCAUUGAUGAGAGAUGAUGGCACUACCUUGUCGGAUGAUAUCCAUGAGCUUUAUGUUUAUAAGUGUGAUGAGAACAGCACGUUUAAUAACCAUGCGCUCUACCUGGGGCUGCCCUGCUGCAAAGAAGACUACAACGGCUGCCCCAAUAUUCCUUCCAGUCUCAUUUUCCAGCGCAGUACCAAAGAGUCCUUUUCUGUUUCCACACAGCUUUCUUCUACCAAACUGACCCAGAAUGUGGAUUUGCUUGCCCUCUUGAAAUGGAAAGCUUACCCCGAUCGUGUGAUGGAUAUUCUAGGAAGACUGAGACAUGUCAGUGGCGAGGAAAUUGUUAAGUUCCUUCAAGACAUUCUGGACACACUGUUUGUAGUUUUGGAUGACAACACCGAGAAGUAUGGCUUGCUGGUCUUUCAGUCUUUGGUGUUCAUCAUAAAUCUGCUGCGUGACAGCAAGUAUUUUCAUUUUCGACCUGUGAUGGACACUUACAUUCAGAAGCACUUUGCAGGAGCACUGGCUUAUAAAGAACUGAUCCGAUGUUUGAAGUGGUACAUGGACCGUUCAGCUGAGCUUGUACGCCAAGAUCACAUCCAGGAGGCAAUGAGAGCCUUGGAAUAUCUUUUCAAGUUCAUUGUCCAAUCUCGGAUCCUUUACUCCAGAGCUACGUGCGGAAUGGAGGAGGAGCAGUUCCGCUCCAGCAUCCAAGAGCUUUUCCAGUCCAUCAGAUUUGUGCUCAGCUUGGACAGCAGGAGUUCUGAGACUCUCAUCUUCACACAGGCUGCUUUGCUGAACUCCUUCCCCGCUAUCUUUGAUGAGCUGUUGCAGAUGUUCACUGUGCAGGAAGUAGCAGAGUUUGUGAGGGGCACCCUGGGCAGCAUGCCCAGUACGGUGCACAUCGGGCAGUCAAUGGACGUCGUUAAGCUGCAGUCCAUUGCACGCACUGUCGACAGCCGCCUGUUCUCCUUCUCAGAGUCCCGACGCAUCCUGCUUCCAGUGGUUCUUCACCACAUUCACCUUCACCUACGACAGCAGAAGGAACUUCUCAUCUGCUCUGGGAUUCUGAGUAGUAUCUUCUCCAUAAUCAAGACCAGUUCUUUGGAGGGAGAUGUCGUGGAGGAGGUUGAGAUGAUGGUGGAAAGCCUCCUGGAUGUCCUUUUACAAACUCUGCUAACAAUCAUGAGUAAAUCGCAGUCUCAGGAGGCGGGAGAAUACGUGUCCUGUCUUUUAUCUUUGCUUCGUCAGAUGUCAGACACUCAUUUCCAGCACUUACUGGACAACUUCCAAAGCAAGGAUGAACUAAAGGAGUUCCUCCUGAAGAUUUUCUGUGUAUUUCGGAACCUUAUGAAAAUGAGUGUCUUUCCUCGAGACUGGAUGGUGAUGAGGUUGCUCACCAGCAAUAUCAUAGUUACAACAGUUCAGUACCUGUCUUCUGCACUGCACAAGAAUUUCACAGAAACGGACUUUGACUUUAAAGUGUGGAACUCUUAUUUCAGCCUGGCAGUGCUGUUCAUAAACCAGCCAAGCCUCCAACUAGAAAAUGCCACACCAGCUAAGAGAAAGAAGAUACUGGAUAAAUAUGGUGAUAUGAGAGUGAUGAUGGCAUAUGAGCUCUUCAGCAUGUGGCAGAACCUAGGGGAGCAUAAGAUUCACUUUAUUCCGGGAAUGAUUGGCCCCUUUCUUGGUGUGACACUCGUCCCACAGCCAGAAGUCCGGAAUAUCAUGAUUCCCAUCUUCCAUGACAUGAUGGACUGGGAGCAGAGAAAGAAUGGCAACUUCAAACAGGUGGAAGCUGAGUUGAUCGAUAAGCUGGACAGCCUGGUAUCCGAAGGAAAAGGUGAUGAGAACUACAGAGAACUCUUCAGCCUGCUUUUGCUGGAGAAGAUUGAGCAGGAGACGUGGCGAGAGACUGGAAUCUCUUUUGUUACAUCAGUAACUCGCCUCAUGGAGCGCCUGCUGGACUACAGGGACUGUAUGAAAGGCGAUGAAACAGAGAACAAGAAAAUCGGUUGCACUGUUAACCUUAUGAAUUUCUAUAAAUCGGAAAUUAACAAGGAAGAGAUGUACAUCCGCUACAUCCACAAGCUGUGUGACAUGCACUUACAGGCUGAGAACUACACAGAGGCCGCAUUUACUUUGCUUUUGUACUGUGAGUUGCUUCAGUGGGAGGAUAGACCUCUGAGAGAGUUCCUGCAUUACCCAUCUCAGUCAGAGUGGCAACGUAAGGAAGGUCUGUGCCGUAAGAUUAUCCAUUACUUCAACAAAGGGAAGAGCUGGGAAUUUGGAAUCCCGCUGUGCAGAGAGCUGGCCAUGCAGUACGAAAGUCUCUACGACUACCAGAGCCUCAGCUGGAUUCGGAAAAUGGAAGCCACCUAUUACGAUAAUAUCAUGGAACAGCAGCGCCUGGAACCUGAAUUCUUUAGAGUUGGUUUUUAUGGUCGAAAAUUCCCAUUCUUCCUGCGGAACAAAGAAUACGUGUGUCGGGGCCAUGACUAUGAGAGGCUGGAAGCCUUCCAGCAGAGGAUGCUGAGCGAGUUCCCACAAGCCAUUGCAAUGCAGCAUCCAAACCAUCCAGACGACUCUAUAUUACAGUGUGAUGCCCAGUAUUUACAGAUAUAUGCCGUGACUCCCAUCCCGGACAACAUUGAUGUGCUGCAGAUGGACCGCGUCCCUGACCGCAUAAAGAGCUUCUACCGAGUCAACAACAUCCGGAAGUUCCGCUAUGACAGGCCUUUCCACAAGGGCCCAAAGGACAAGGACAAUGAGUUUAAGAGCUUGUGGAUUGAACGCACCACUCUGACCUUGACUCACAGCUUACCUGGGAUCUCCCGUUGGUUUGAAGUGGAAAGAAGAGAACUGGUUGAAGUAAGUCCUUUGGAAAAUGCCAUUCAGGUGGUUGAGAACAAAAACCAGGAGUUGAGAACGCUGAUAAGCCAGUACCAGCAUAAACAAAUGCAUGGUAACAUUAAUCUUCUCAGCAUGUGUCUGAAUGGAGUGAUUGAUGCAGCUGUGAAUGGCGGAAUUGCACGAUACCAGGAGGCCUUUUUUGAUAAAGAUUAUAUCACGAAGCACCCUGGAGAUGCAGAGAAGAUCACACAGCUCAAGGAGCUCAUGCAGGAACAGGUGCAUGUCUUAGGAGUGGGGCUGGCAGUCCAUGAGAAAUUCGUCCAUCCAGAAAUGCGUCCUCUGCAUAAGAAACUGAUAGACCAGUUCCAGAUGAUGAGAUCUAGUUUGUACCAUGAGUUACCUGGUUUGGAUAAGCUGAGUCCAGCGUGUUCUGGCAGUAGUACACCUCGCAGCAAUGUUCUGGUUUCCCAUGGACCUAUGAGCCCAGAGAGCAUAAAGCUGCUUCAUCGACACAGCCCACUGAACUUGCUUGGCUCAGUCCGACACUCAUCAUCCUCUUUGUCAUCCCACACCUCCAGCGAAACAGGGAACCUGGUUAUCCUAACAGACAGCUCUGUGGGGGAGGCUGCGGAGGAUAUGUACCACAUGCAGGCCAGCCCGUCCACCUCCAGCCUGAGCUCCACACACUCCGCACCAUCCCAGAUGAUUAACUCUGCUCCUUCCAGUGCACGAGUGCUGGUGAAAGGUGGUGGAUUGACAACACUGGAGGCUGAAGCCCUCUAUUUACCCACAGAACAGAUACAGCAUGGGCGGCAGCCGUGCAAGCUUCCCCACACUGCCCCCACCAAUGUGCCUCAUCUCUGUCCUGGAGGGACCACCUCUAGAGGCUCUCCCUCUCUACCAGAUAAGUACCGCCACACUCGGGAGCUGAUGAUGUUGUUGCCAACCCAUCGGGACCGGCCCAGCAGUGCCAUGUACCCUGCAGCUAUCAUGGAAAACGGACAGCCUCCAAAUUUUCAGCGCGCCUUGAUGCAGCAAAUGAUUGGACCGUGCAAACCUUGCAGCGAUCCCAACCUGUCUGUGGCUGAGAAAGCUGUGCCAGCAGCGCCCAGUAGCUGGAGCCUAGACAGCGGAACCAGAGAGGCCCUGCCAUUCCUGUCUGUCCACGUUGGGAGCAUCUUGGCCCCACCAGUACCUCCCCGAAGCCUGCCCCAUGGACACUACUCGCUGCACUUUGAUGCCUUCCAUCACCAGCUCAGUGAUGCUCCUCCAGCACUGCCUGCACGAACAUUGCGCAAGUCCCCUCUUCAUCCUAUCCCUGCAUCACCUACCAGUCCACAGUCUGGUCUAGAUGGAAGCAACUCCACUUUAUCUGGCAGUGCAAGCAGUGGUGUCUCCUCCUUAAGCGAGAGUAAUUUUGGACAUUCCUCUGAACCACCUCCUCGCACCGACACCAUGGAUUCUGUCCCCAGCCAGGCCUGGAACACUGAUGAAGAUCUAGAGACACCCUACCUCCCUGUUAGGUACAGUCUCUCUGAGCCUGAUGUCCUCGAGUCUCUCAAAUCCCAGCCAUGCAGAAGCCACUCAGCUCCAUCAGGAGUCAUUCCUCAGGACACCCUGGACCCUCCUGCUCUACCCCCCAAACCUUACCACUCCCGGCUGCCAAACAUAGAGAAUGAGGAGGGAAUGAUAAUUGAAGACGACGACAAACACCGCCAGUUGCAUCGUAAAGUGUCCCAGCCAGUGAGCGGUGGAAAGGAAGAGCAGGCCAGGGUAGCAUGGGAGCACGGCAUCAGUGAGCAGUAGGAACAGCUGCUGGUAAGCAGCUUGC